AUGGACACAAAGAACUACGGGUUUGUUACAUUCCGCGACCCAGCCAGCGCAAUGCGCUUUCUCGAGCAGCGCGACCACAUCAUCAACAACCGCCGCAUAGAUGUCAAAGCCGCGGUGCCCAAGCACCUCGGUGGCAACACACGACUCACCCGCAAGCUGUUUGUGGGCGGCACGAGGAGCCUGCGCACCGAGGAGUUUGUGGAGCACUUUGCGCAAUUCGGCACCAUUGAGGACGCCGUGAUUGUCCACCGCGAGGGCGUCUCCAGGGGCUUUGGCUUUGUCACCUUUUCAGACGAGAUGUCGGUUGAGAAGUGCCUGGUCGUCUCCCACACCAUCGCCGGCAAGAAGGUGGAGCUGAAGCGCGCGAUACCCAAGGAGGAGAUGGAGGCGGCCGCUGAGGCCGCGGGUUCGUCUGGCGGCGGCGCAGGCGCUGGCGCAGGCUUUGCGUACCCGAUUAUGGGGCCGCCGGCGGCGGUCGCUGCCGGCUGGAGCCCUUCAAGGGGGCCCAGCGGUGGCGGCGCGUAUUUCCAGGUGCCCCACGGCUACGUGCCUGUGCCGCACGCCGUGCCCGCUCCGUACAGCCCUGUGGCGGUGCCAUUCGCGGCGGCCGCGGGCUCGCCGAUGCGAGGGAGCGCGGCUGGAGGGCAGUCUCCCGCGCGCGCCGCGGGGCGCGGGACCAGCGGCGGCGGCAGCGGCGGCGGCGGCGGCGGCAUGGGCGACCACUUUGUGCCGUACAUGCCGCCCUAUUACGGGUACACCCAGGCGGCCUGGUACCACCCUGCAUAUGGGUACAUGCCUGUUCCAUACUACCUGGGCGGCAUGGGCGGCUGGCCUGCAGCGGCAGGGUCGCAUCACGGCCCGCAGCAGGCACCAAUGAUGAUGCCACGGCAGCAGCACGGGGUGGGACCGCGCGGGGGCGGCAGCGCUGGCGGCCGCGGGCCGCGGUUGCCGCCCAACAUGGCGCAGCUGGGACAGCAGCUUGGACGAGUCCAGCUGGGCCGAGAGGAGGGGGGCGCACCUAUCGCGCCUGCGUCCAGGGAGGUGGACGAGCGCGCCCGCGACCAGCGGCGCGGCGCAUCACCGGCGCAGGGCAAGCCGCCGCAGCAGCAGCCACAAAACCUGCCGUGCCAGCCGCCUCAGCAGCAGCACCAGCAGCCGCAGCAGCAGUUUUCGCGGCAGCUGCAGGAGGGGCAGAACCCAUAG